GUGAUACAACGUCAGUUACCGCCGAUCGCUCACAGCGGAAAGACAUCCUCAAAAUGUGCAGCACAUUCCUUGACCCCGAGGCCAUAUUAUCAGGCAACGAGCAAUGGAUAAAACUAGAAGAGAAGUGGGGGGAGCCAGUAGACCUAGACACUGAAGAAGACCCCCCACGGAAGCUCAAACCAGUCUUCAGCACCUUGGACUUGAUGAAAAGUACCUUCGAUUCUUCAUUUCUGUUUAAAAAAGUCCGCAGGAAAGUCGGCAGAAGACUGUCGAAAGCAGGAGUUCUGGACUACCAGGACUUCUUACAAGACCUUCAAGAAAAGAACCCACCAAAGCAGUUCUACUUCAUCAACGGCCAGAUAAUCUCAGCAGCAUCAGUUGAGGAUAUUUGUGACAAGAUUGAUGACAUCUUCAAGUCUGUGGAGAAACUUUCUUCGGCCACCAGUACUGUUCGCAAAAAGCCGUUACCAGACAAAGUGAGCUGCAGCAUUUCUAUAGACGACCUGUCCUUCGAUGACACGCCUUCUGAGAAAGAGAAGAGUGACAGCGAAGAUGUGGAAAGGUACAUAGAUGAAGCAUUUGAGAAGUUGAGUCACUUUUCUGACAUGACCAUGGAAGAUGAUGUGACGAGGGAAUCGGUGACCACACUUGUGAGGAAGUUCAGCUCCAUCCUUUGGAGUCCCGCUGUGAACUGCAGUCCAAGAAGACAGCGGCAGUGUUGUAACAAAUUUAAGGAGUUGGCAGAAUUUUGGAGAAGUCAGGCUUUCCAUGAAAGAGAGACUGGACAUUGAAGUGAAGUGAUAAUUCGGUACAAAAUUUUGUGUGGGGGUACUUUUUUGUACUGUGACUGUAGUUCAUAUUUUAAGUUUUGUUAGUGAAAACUUUAAAUAACUGUAGUGUUUUAAGACAUCGAAUGUGAUUAUAGAAUAAAUUAUAGGAAAGAUUAUAGGUAAGUGGAUAGUUAGGUUUUAGGAUAAAUUAUGUUCCUCAGUUAGGUGACCGCUAGGUUUUAUUAUUUAUUUUAGAUUACCUAAUUUUAUUAUAAUGUUUUGUCAUUACAAAUGUUUAGAAUUCUAUUCAAUAAUUUAUGAAUCAUAAUAACGUAGGAAUUUUUAUUUAAUUAAUAUUAUUAGGCUAAACUAGUAUAGUGUUAUGUUCAAAAUAUAAGUCAAUAUGUUAAUUCGGGUAUAGAAUUUAUAAUAGGUACCUUAUAAAGAUAAUUGUAUCGUAUGUAAAAAAAAAUUGUUAAUACCCCCUAGGUAGAUUAUCUCAUA